GCCAGGACAACACGUUACUAAGCUACCCCCUUCCUGUAUUUGAGACACGGCCCGCUACAGCCGUAUCAUCUGCAAACCUCCAGUUGGAGUCAGGGCAGGAUUUGGCCUCAAACACGAGAAAGUCUGCAGAGGCUGGAAAUCCAGAGCAACACACACACAGACUGCUGGGGGAACUCAGCCAGUCAGGCAGCAUUGAUGGAAACGAACAAACAGUCAACGUUUCGGACUGAGACCCUUCAUCGGGACUGAAAAGGGAGGGAGAAGACGGCAGAAUAAAACGUUGUGGGGAGGGGAAGGAGGGUAGCUGGAAGGCAAGACAGGUGGGUGGAAAGGGAAAGGGCUGAGAGGAAGGAAUCUGCUGGGAGAGGGGAGUGGGCCAUGGGAGAAAGGGAAGGAGGAGGGGACAGGCCAGUGAGAAGAGGCCAGAGACUGGAGUGGGGAACAGGAGACAAAGGGAGGGGGAGGUAUUUUUUUAAACCAGAAGGAGAGAUCGAUAUUCAUGUCCAGACAGAAUAUAAGGCAUUGCACCUCCAACCUGAGUAUGCCCUCAUCAUGGCACAAGAGGAGGCCAUGGAGCGGGGAUGGGAAUUAAAAUGUUUGGCCACUGGGAAGACCCGCUUCUGGGGGAUGGAACUGGCCAUGGGGGGGGGGGGAAUGCACCAGCAUUUGGCACAGUCGUGGCAAAGACACUCCUGCCUCUCUUUACCAAUUGGGCUCUGCUGAGUUGAGUAAAGUUGAGAAAUUGUAAACAUUUGUUCAACAAAGAGUGCAAAGUUCAGACAGUUUAACCACACGGCAUGGAAAGUUUUCAGAAAUAAUAAUGAAGGAUAUAAUUAACAGUCAAUCACUUGGACAAGAAUUCACUGAUCUUCCAGCAAGAUGGUGCCAGGGACCAAUGGUGUCCCUCAGCCUCCGGCGCUCCAGAAAAACUAAUCCGGGUGUGGGGUGCCACAGCAGCGUAGAGGCCACUGUGGCUCGUGGCGUCCGAGUGUGCCAGGAGUCUCUGCACAUCCACCCUGUGCAAUGCGUGGGUUUCCCCAAGAGCUCUGGUUUCCUCCCACAUUUGAAAGCAACUCAGGACACACCGCCGCUGGAACAUGAAGCAACUCACAAUCGGCCGGAAGAACUCGGCGUCUGUGGCGGCACAGGAGCCUGCCGAGUCCGCCCAGCAGCUCGUUUUUGGUUUGGAGCUCCAGCACAGGCCGCCACAUUAACCAUGAGUCAAGUUAGUUCUCGCUCGGGAAUCACUCCGGACUUGAACCAUGAUCCAGACCAUCUUUUACAGACUACCACCAAGGAACCAGCACAUCGUCUUUCCCCAAGGGCCUGGUCAACGCUGCUGAUCACAAAUAAUCCGGUUGUAACAAGUGCUGUAGAAGGUGCAUUUGCACACAGCCACAGCAGCAUUCUGAGGUGUCUCUGUAACAGAUGGUAUUCCUGGCAUUUGUUGUUAUGUGGUCGCAUACAGUGCAAUACAUAAUAAAAAACUAUUACUACAAGAAAAAAAAAGUAGACAUGCACUAUAUAUAGUGUGCCACCGUGGAGGGGUGUGGGACAGGUGGCAGAGGAGGAGUGCCAGAGGUAGGGGGUGGAGCAGGUACAGACACACCCAGCCCGGAGACACCGGGCAAGGACAUUUAAUUGCAAACAG